CCUCAUAUCCUCAUCUCCUCACCUCCUCACCUCCUCAUAUCUCACUCCACCCAGCCCUAGAAUAAAAAGCCCCGGUGACGUGCGCGCAGGGAAGCACCCAGCAGUAUGUGCGCGCCCACGGGAGGGGCCGAUAGAAAAUGGCGAGUCUGUGCAAGAGGCAGCAAUGCACGGUAGAGAGGCGCGGCUUUCGGCAGGAACUUGACUCUUGGAGGCACAAACUCAUUCACUGUGUAGGCUUUGAAAGCAUCUUGGAAGGCUUGUUUGGGCCGGGACUAGUCAACGAUAUCACCCUUUUCCAAGACUGCGAGCCCGAGGAAGUGUCCGACUGGUCCUUCGAUGAAAACUGUCUCUUCUGCUGCUUAAGACGCGAGAAAGUCAAGGAGCACAGCGUAGAGAAGGGUGGAGGCAGCCAGGUGCUGUCGGAGCAGUCUCGGAUCAGCCGGCUGGAGAGACAAGCCCAAGACUUCCUCAAUGCUGUGUUCCACAGAAAAGACCUCCCAAGUUUCUCAGAACCUCACAUUCCUCUAGUGGCUCGUGAGAUCAUGCAGCGAAUGAUCCGCCAGUUCGCUGCCGAAUAUACCUCAAAAACUACUCAGGACGACUCGCCCCCGCCCAACGGCACCAUGAAGGACCAAAGCCUGCCAAGAGCGGCGUCUCUGGUCGCGGCGUCUCUGGUCGCGGCCCCGUGCUCUCCGCCUGGGCCCGGGCCCCUGCCCGCGCCGAGCUCCCCUCAAUCGUCUGCCUCCUCCUCCUCCCCGUCCCCGACCCCGGGACCUGGCCUCAGCCCCAUCUCCACCGCCGCUGCUGCCGCCUCAGCACCCGCCUGCACCCAGAGCAGCAACGGUACGGGAGCCAGUAACGGUGGAGGAGGAGGAGGUACGGCUGCUGCCUCUGCACAGAAUCCCGUCCUCAGCAAGCUUCUCAUGGCCGACCAGGACGGCCCGCUGGACCUCUCCGUCAAAAAGAACGAGGUCGACCCAGACCCCAGCCAGCAGGAUGGCGUCCUGGACCUCUCCACCAAGAAGAACCACAGCGCAGGCAACCUCAAAACCUUCCCCGGCUUCUCCCCUGAGCCCGGGGUCAAAGGACACUCUAUCAAAGUGGAACAUACCCUGCCAGAGGUGGACGAGGACGGCCUGCUGCCGAGAAGCUUGCAGGACGGACUGAGGGAGAACUACGUCAACUCCAACUCCUUCAAGCCGCCAUUGGCCCGCUCGCUGCGUAUCAAGGAAGAGCUCCUCAGCCAGAAGCACCGCCUCCUGAGCCAGCCUGCUGCUCUUUCAUUGGCUAAUCUAGAGUCAGCCGGCUUGCUCAAUCACGCGCAGUCCUACUCCUUGCUCGGCCAGAAGGGCUCUUCCUCUUUCUGGGGAAGCAAGGCCCACCUGGAAAGCCUGAUGAAGCUGAAGCAGGCCAGUGGAGCUCUGAGCGGGGCUCUCAGUGACCUCAAAGACCUGCCUACAUUCCUGGAGAAUCACCACAACCACCACGGAGCCUUCUCCUUCAAAAGUUCCCUCCACCAUCACCACCACAAUCAGGUCUCCAAGGCCCAACACCACCACAACGAGGGCAAGAGGGACCAGGGCCACUCGCCUCCCGUCGACCUCAAGAUCCCCCAAGUUCGGGGCAUGGAUCUCUCCUGGGACUCCCAUGCCUCUGAGCUGUACGGCUACGGCGCCCUGGGGGUUGGGGGUGGUGGCCACGGGGAGAACACCCUGAGCCGGAAGCUGAGAGCCAUCCUGCCCAAGCAGAACCGCCGGGGAGGAAGCCUCGGAAGCCUGCUGGAUGGUGCGGCUGACUACUGGAGCUCUGACUUGGACCACUCCAGUUCCGGGCCAGCGUACUCCACCUCCGACGCGGAAGGGGACCCGAACUCCAAGCAGCCGAGGAAGAAGAGGGGCCGUUACCGCCAGUACAACACGGAGAUCCUCGAGGAGGCCAUAACGGUGGUGAUGAGCGGGAAGAUGAGCGUGUCCAAGGCUCAGAACAUGUACGGGAUACCGCACAGCACCCUGGAGUACAAGGUCAAGGAGCGCUUGGGAACCCUGAAGAACCCCCCAAAGAAGAAGCUCAAGCUGAUGAAGAUGGAAGCAGGAGGUCAGGAUUUUCCUCUUGCAGAGUCAGAGAACACGCCCACCGCAACCCCGCGAGACGACGGCCCGCCGCUGGCAGCCGCUGAGCUCAAGGACAAUGUAAAAGAGGAGAUUGAUGACAAUUUCAAACCAAUCGACUAAACGACUUACACAUGUAAACCUCAAGUCAAACGACUACAGUAAAUUGAAAACGGAUGGGGCUUUAUUUGUGCCAAUUUACUUUGCAGUAUCUGGGUGAGCACAAACACAGGGAUAAUAUGAGGAGGAUUCUUAAAACAAACUAAUCGGAUGGUUUUUAACAGGCGUCGUCAUAGCGACGCUACGAGCAUUUGUUUAGCUUUUAUAUCCAGGGGCUUAACAAAUGCAGCUAAAGAUAUUAGUUAAAUGACAAUUCAUGAAAUUUCCAUAAGCAUGCUGAUAAUCCCCAGCCCAAAAAACCCAAUCCCCCUUUUUUCUGAACUUGACACACUGAACCAUCGCUGCUUGUAAAUGCAGUUUGGGCUUUGGACCAUUCCAAUUUGGGGGAAAAAAUGAGGGGAAGAUUGAAAAUUAACUCCUCAAAAAACAGACAAAUUAGUCCCUUUACUGCUCCCCUCUCUCACGGAGUACUAGCUGAUUGGUAAGUGAACUGUCUAUUCCAUUUGAAGCCAACUGUAAAGUUUAAUCAUGCCAUUGAUAUUCCUCACCAGGGUUCUGAAUCAAAACCCAUCCUCUUAUUGCCAGGUAGCCAUGACGCUUUAACUGCAAACCUUUUCUUUCCUCCUUAAGAUAUUCUGCUAAUCUCCGUGCGGACGAAAGCAACAUUAACCCCCGUCCUUUUUGAAUGAGAAAAAGACACACAAAAGUCAUUCAGGGAUGCAUGUUUGUGAGUUUCGUGGACACUACUGACUUCUAUAAUCGACUUCUUUUCCUCUUAUCUUCAUCUUUUUUCAUUCGUUUUGCUUUCUUUUGCACUACACUUUGGGUCUGGCGCUUACAGACCAGGUUACCUCGGCAUUGUUGCCCUCGCAUCAUGCACUUAUUAUGGUCUGUCUCUGAAGCCCAGUCGCAACCUCGUAAAGGGUUCAGAGGUGCACAUCGCCUGCGUCCGCCGAUCCAUAUUCAGAUCCCGGGGGAAACCUAAAACCCUCUUUUUUUUGCCAAGAACCAUGUGGAGGGGGAAAUCUGAUUAUGGAUCAGCUCUUUUUUAAGGCGGAAUGCUACCUCAUGGACCUUCAUCAGCGUCUCGCUGCUGAUCCUGGAAAGCUGGAGCCGCCUUCAGGUUGCCCUCCACCAAGCGGCGACCGGAGUGAGCUCAUCCCCGUCACGGAGAUCUUUACUGGACGAAGGCCUUUUAGGAUCAGAAUGUGAAACUCUGCUGCUAUCCACUUCAUUAUCUAGCUCCUAUACAAGGCUUUAGCUAGUCUUAGCUAACAGCAACACAUUGCUGAUGUUUCUUUCCUUUUUGAAAUCAAACUAAACGGCUUAGCUGACCAGUUUUAAAAAGAAAUUCUUCUCCCUCAAACCUCAGUAACGGCAGUUUACUACAACAAUGUGCAUCUCUAGAGGGGAUGUUCAUUCUGGGGUGGUGGGAGGGCGAUAUGCAGUGGGGGGGGUAGUUGAUAGAAGCGAGGGAAAAGCAGAUUUAAUAUAUUAUAAAUUAUUAUGACUGAUGAUGUAAAAGCCAAUCUGUGAUUCUGGAUGAUUUCUUUUCUCCUCAUUUUUAACUCAGGGUAACUGAGACAGACGAUGUGGGUUUCUAAUGUGGUCACUUCCUGUUGGACCUAUAGUAGACAGACAGGAGGACGAGGCGAGGGGCCAUGGCAGAUAGACCUGCUGAUGACAAAGAACAGAAAACACUGACGCUGGGUUUGGGGAUCGAACUCGUGGCGCUAAACUUCUAAAAUAGCACUUUUCAAAAGUAAGCGAAAACACAAGAGAGAAAGGAAUCUGUUUGAGGCGAUGCAUGUGGUGUAGCUCUUCUCGAUCAGGAAGGCAAAAAGCUUUAGUGUGUGAAGACUUUCAGAAAGCUGCAGCUUGGACCCAAACGACUCUUUUGUUUUCCUCUCGAUUACCUCCACGACAAAAAACUAAAUAGCAAAAAAAGAAAAAAUGUUCGACGGCUUGAACAAGUUGAGUUUUGUGUCGUGUCGUCUCGUUGUUCUCCCCCCCCUCCCCCUCGCCACUGAAGCACCAGGGAUAGAAAAACUAUCAUCACGUUUUACCAUGUGGGGAAAGAAUAUCCCUCAGAGGACACAGGUGGAAAGAAAACAAAAAGCUCUUUUGGUAUUUUCCAUCAGGAAAAGAUUGAAGGAGACAAAAGCUUUUUUUUUUGGUCGUCAUGUUUUUUUGUGCUCUGUGGUAAAUGUUGCUCUUCGCUCCUAAACACUGCCUGGUGCUCACCCAGUCUGUGAGACCUUUAUAACGUGAGAACUGUACCUCUCUGUUCAGAUGAAAUGAUGAUGAUGAUUCACUCCUUUUGAAAUGUAAUGUACGUUUUAUUUAUUUGAUUUGUUUUUUUCUUUGAUUAUUCUCUUUAAAAUGGCAUGCACCACUUCUUUUGGCUGAUUUUGGGGGUCGGGGCCAAUCUAAUAUAUUAUGUUGAAAGAACUUAUUAAUAAGUUAUGAAUGAAUCACAAUCUUAUUAGAAUUAGAAUCAUUUACUAGCUGUUGCAAACAAUCUUAAUUUCCCCCUCUGUGGUUAUUCACCUUAAGCUUUGUAGCUCCCUUGGCUUGAUUGGAAGGUAUUGGCGUGGCCAACGGGAAAAGCUCUAGAACAGACCUCUGGGCACAACAAUCUCUCCAGGGGUCAUCAUGCAUGUAAUGCGUCCAACACUUUGACAAUGCUGAGCAUUUGAAGUGUCUAAAAGGUUGUUGUUGAGUGGCGUUGAGUUGGACCCAGCGAAGGACAAUGCACUGAUCUGAUAGUUAAAACUGGAUCAAAGUGUCGAUAGCGAAGCACUUGUUAUGAACCCGCCUCUGAUAAAAGGCACUUAGCCAGCUGUGAAUACAGUCGGACAAAACCUGACGCACAAAAGCGUCAUGUAGUGCAUGGAUCUGUGCUAAUAGAAAAUUAAAUAUAUGUGUAGAAAUAUUGUAAUUGGCACUUAAUGCACAGGUUUGCAUGGAUAUAAACUUCAACAGCACUUACACUGAAUUCCCCUGAGAGGGGCGAUUCCUCGAGGGGCCAAACUAUCUCUGUGUCUACGUUACACUAAUCUCUAAAGCUCUAUCUAUCCUUCAUUCCUGACCCUUAAUGUACAUUUGAUUUUACUAUAAAUUUGCCAAUGUUAUUUAAAAGCUCCCAUUGUCAGCCUGCUCUUAUCUACUGAGGUGCGUGCCAUUUAAAGCUCUAUUUAUGUCAUUCCACUGGAUUUUUCUUGUUUUCUUAUUGUUUCUAGUCAUGUGGUUAACGGCUCCCCCUGUCCGAAAAAGUCCUCCUUCUUGCAACUGAGUCUCACUGCUGUUUUUAAAAGGAACCUCAUACUAUAUUAUAUACUUAAGAGAACAGUAUAUAUCUAUUUAUAUACAUCUAUAUUAACAGAUAACUCACAUAAUGAAUGUAGUGAACUGAAAUGAAUAUCUCAAACUUACAAAACCAGAACAGUCAUCUGCAAAACAAAGAUUGCACUGUCAGUUCAUUUUUUAACAGACUGUUGUUUUUAUUCUUUUCACUUUUACGCUGCUUGCAUUGGAAACGCAGUCGUUUUCCGACGCGGGCGUGCGACAGUAGCCUUCAGUACUGUAAAUGUCUCAGGAUCGAGCCAACGGGAUGGGCAGCAAUAUUAGUCAGUCGGAAAAUGGCGCAGACUUAACUACCUGUACUAGAUGUAAUUUAUAGACGUAUAUACAUAUAGAAAUGAUAUGUCGACUCGGUCAGCAGAGACCGAGUGCUAUACCUCAAUCUCAGAAUAAUGACUCCUUUCUGUGCCUCGUACUUUUAUGUAUACCUUACCUGGGAGCCUGGCGAAGGGAUAGCCGAUACUCUGGGAAAUAUAGUAUCCUCCGCUGUUUCUUUUCUUUUAUUAUCUGUUCUUUUCUUUGUUUCGCCUCCCUCUCGCGAAGGGAGGAGGGAGACGCUUCAAGUGUCUGACUGACCAAUAUUUGCCACCCUACCUCUUUUCAGGUAUUUCAGGCAACAAAACCUUAUAGACGUAUAUAAUGAGCAACAGAUUGAGCACAGGGACUUUACAGCUGUUCCUGUUCUGAGCACUGGAUGGGGUUGAUACGGGAGGGCUGCUAUCCUCUCACGCCUUCCUCUCAAAGUCUAAACAUUUUGGGAUUCAGUGGUCUGGUUUCACCCUGGAGGCGAUCAGUCAGGUCGGUCCCGCCCUGCUCUGAGAAAGAACAACAUGGUUUUGUUCACUGAGGGUUUUUAUUCCUUUUAUGGUUUAUUGUGUGUUUUUAGCCGUAAUAUAACUCCAGGUUGAAACUCGACAGGUUUAUUAUUUAUUUCGUGUUUUUUUUAUUUCUCACACCCGGAGAAAUCAGAGACCCAGAGGGGAGAUUGGGGGACAGGUGGACAAGUUAACCUUCCUUUAUCUGCUGUCUUGUAAAAGAACAAUAUAUCCAAAAUCUUUUACACUGCAUUCCAAAAACAAACACAGGAAGAUGUACCUUUAUAUGAUGAAAAUGAAAAAAAGCUAUAUACUUAUGAAUAUAUAGGUAUUUAUUUUACUGUUUUUUGCAUCUUCAGGUAAACCAAUCGAUUCUCUUUGCUUUCAGGUUGGUUUUUCAUUUGAUUUGAUUUUGUUUCUUCUGAGUGAAAGACUGUCAAAAACGUGAUAAAUGAAGAAAAAAAAAAAAUGUCGAACAGCAACUACUGUAACCUCACUUAGUAGACGCCACAUGACGUGCCAUUCUGCUUCAGGAUGGUGUGUGAUGCUGCGGGCUACCAGGAAAGACAAGACCCACAAUGUAUAUGAUUGCCAUGCUCCUCUCUGCCGAGAGGCUUCUUCUGUUUCUGUUUCUGUCACGCUGCAUAUCUGGUUGUCAUUUAUACCUCAGGUCCGACCACAUCAAAGCAGCUGAUUGUACAUUAGAAACACACACACACACACACACACACACACAUAGAAGAAUCAGGAUUUUUAGUACGGCUCGUUUCCAGAUUUUAAGAUGUAACGGACGGAAGCAGUUUUUGAAUAAUGGUUGUUUCUUGUCGUUCGUACUGUUGUUUAUUCUGAUCUUCUUUUCCUUUCUUUGUUUUCUUAUAAAAGAAGAAAAGAGAAUUCUCUAAAAGCCA